UAGUGUUAUUUAUGUCCAAACCCCGCUGAUCAAGAAUCCCCUUGAACAUGAUAUGUUCAUUCUGGUUAAGUUGGGAUCAGAGGCAGUCUCACAUUGCCUCAACGGUUUCUAUCCUCUGUUUCAAAGUUGUUACCAUAACCCUUCAUGGCUCAGUUCAGAAGGGUUGACCUGGUUUGCCUAAUGAUACGUUCUUUGGACACAUCAAGUGCUAAGCUUGAAAUUCACCAGCCGAGUAGGAUCAGAGAAUUUGUUUUGACUUGGAAUUUAAUUGGACUUUACUAAGUCUUGGUUUACAACCAUUAUUGUAGAGUGUAGACACUUUGAGGCAUCCGGUACCUCUCUAUCAAUGUUUCUUGGUGCAUAUCGCCAUACUGCCUUUUCACUGCAUAGCUGUAUUUGGCUUAGUCCCUUAUCCUUAUAAUCCUUCCCCACAAAGCGGCCAUUGUCAUGCCAUUGCCCAGGGUUCUGAGACAGCAUGUUCACUAUGACUUCAAGUUGCUCCGAUGGCUCUCGCAAGGAACGGUUACGUUGGACGGAAGAGCUCCAUGAUCGGUUUGAAGAGGCAGUUAACAGACUUGGCGGCCCUGAGAUGGCAACACCAAAGGGCAUAUGGAAGGCUAUGGCCAUUCCUGGACUAACCAUCUACCAUGUUAAAAGCCACUUACAGAAAUAUAGGAUCAUGAAAUUGAUCCCAGAAUCAGGCCCUAGAAGCAAGUUUGAGAGGAGACAUAUUUCAGAAUUAUUUCCAAAUUUCGGCGCAACGUGUUUCACUGAACAAAAAGAAGCUUUACUAUUGCAAAUGGAAGUACAGAGGCGAUUGAAUGACCAUACUGAGGUUCAAAGAAGCUUGAAGCUUAAACUUGAAGCCCAAGAGCGUUUUUUCGACAGAGUUGCAGAGGAGCAUCGGAACCGGGCAUCUAUUGCAAAAUCCAUCAAGCCUCUCUCUCCAGCAUCACUUCCUGCCCUCUGCGAGUAUUCAGAUUCCAAUGGAAAGGAAUUCGAAUGUGAUUCAGAGAUUGUUAAAAAUGAAAUACGACAUGAAAGAAGAAUUUCAGGCUCUUUACAAGGAUGAGGAUCGGAAACCAUGUUUUCCCUCAAAGCUCAAGGCUUGACCAUAAUCAAAAGGAGGCAAAAGUUUCAUAUGCUGCUCAUGAUCAUAUCAGCUUUCCAUGGAACAUUGCAUCCUUCCCUUCUCCUUUUGUGCCUAGCUUUUUCUAAAUUUUGCAACAAAGAAUGUGGGUGUGAUUAUGCAUAAUAAAAACAAUUCCAUAUUGUAAGAGAUUUCUUUUGGAUUAUUUUGAUGUCCAUUUGUGUUUAAAAUUCUA